CUUGGUGAGAGUAACAUGAAUCUAAACCACACCAACUGGUUUCUAGCUUUUAAAAACAGAUGGUUAGGACCAGCCAAUAAAGCAUUCAUGGAUUUACUUUUAGAUUGGCAUUAGCUCUGAUCACAGUCAUAGUCAGAAAAGAGUAAGUCAUUGCUCUUAGAAAGAACUGUUAGUGUGAUUAAACUGAACCUGACUUAUUAAAGGAAAAAGAAAGCAUUUGGCAAGUUAGACCUGGGAAGAAAUAGCAAUAGUCUUUAUUGGGUGUGAGGGCAUAUAUGGGAGAGAAACAUCUGAAAAUAAAUAUAUUUGAGGCGUAAAUUUAAGAAUGAAUCUUGUUUGAAAAUCAAAGGAUGAGGUCUGGUCUCAGUAAUGGGGGGAAAGAACUUGGUUGCUCAAGAUGGUAUUUUACAUAUUUAUGUAAGAAUACCAUGUGAGAUGAUAAGGUUGAUCCUGGACUCAGAAAUUAAAAAUGAACAUUUGAGAUUUCUUGGUAUUAGAAUAACAAAAAUCUCUGAGAAAGAGAAUAGAGCAGAUAUGGAAAUAUUUGAUUGUUAUUUGUCAUAAAGUUUUCAGUUUUACAAAUUCUGUUCCUCACUGCUACCACUGAUAUCCUGUACAUAUCCAGAGGGAAUAUUUAUUGGUUUUAUUUUUCUCUUCUUAGUGCAAUUUACCAUUCUCUAAAGGUGGGAUUUUGAGUGAUGUGUCUGAUUUAUCCUGUGGUAUUGGGAAAAUAGUCCUGGUCUGGCAUAUGAGUCUAAUGUCUGUGUUCAGAAUUAAAUCAGUUUGCCCCAGUCAGAUGGAGAAGGGAUGGGAGAAGUGUUUCAUUUUUUAUUUCCUCCUUGCUGUAAUCCUCUGUAUUCCUAAGGUGAUGCAGGUAUUUUAAUCUAACACUUCUGCAGUUACAGUCACUAAAGCGUGGCAUCCUUGUAUUCUAUUACCUUGCUCUCGUGCUUUCAAAUUUUGUGUCUUUUUAAAAUGCAACUGAAAUUACAGGAAAAGUGUUGAUGAAAUGUUUUGGACUCAGUUUUGGUUGUAAUGCAGUAGACUGGGUUGAACACUGCAGAUGUUAUUGAAUCCUUUAUAAGGAUAGAUUUUUAAAAAAAUAGAUAAAUUAAAAAAAAAAAGAAAAAAGGCAAUGACUAGUCUGUGUACACUCAGCAAUUCAAAGUCAGAAUUGGGCAUACAACUAAAAUUUCCUAUCCAUAAGGUCACUUCAUGACCUUUAUUUCCAAAAAGAUCUGUGUGAGUGGGCAAAUUUAUCUGGAAGGAACCACAGUCUAAUUAGUGAUAUUUGUAAAUACUCUUGAGGUGAUUGAAACACAAAUGUGAAGAUUUUAAACAAUACUUUCAGUUUUUAUAUUAUGAAUAGAAUUCAAAUCUCAGGGAUUUAUUAGUAAUAAUAAUAAAUUGGCUGUAAAAUUGUAAACUUUUUGGUAGUUUUGAAUGUUUCAGAGUAGGCUGGCUUUUUUAAGAUAAUCACAAUUUCUAUAAAGUGACUGAUUAUUCUUUUUAUGGAACUGUGGGAAAAAACCCCAAAGAGCUUUAUUUCUGUCCCCUUAGUAAUGUAGGGCACAGUGAUUUGCCCAGUCUGGUAGGACUGGAAGGCCUUUUGGUACUGCUUGCAAUUCUUUUGCUUACAAAUAAAUCAACUUGUAAAUUUAGUAAUAGUUCUUUUUGUUGCAUGAAAUGUAAAUGUUUCCACUUCAUGUUUACCAUAAGCUACUCUGUCUAAAUCUAAUUUUCCAUAUGCAUGGCUCACAUAAUGUACUACCUUCUUCUUGUUAAUGAGGUUGGGAUUAUAAACUUGUGAGAAAGUACAUCAUAAUGCUUCACACAAAAGUAUGAGUAAGCAUCAUUCUAGACCAUGCUCUAAAGUGUUCCUCUUGGAACAUGUAUUUUUCUUCUGCUUGGCUUCUUGAAGGUCUUGAGACCUUCAGCUGAAAGUUUAACCUCUUCAUUUUUGUGAAACAGGCAGUGUAGCUGAUUUGAUGGGAGCUACAAUAAAAGAAUGAAUUUAUUUUUUUCUGAUUUUAUUUUUUAUAGAUGGAGUAACUGGGUUGUAUUUUUUGUUUGAAUUUCUGAGAUACAUAAUCACAGCAGAAGCUAUAACCUUUUCAUUGAGUGCCUUAGCCAAAGUAUACCCAAACUAUCAAUCUCAAAUAAAAGUGAAAAUAGCUAUCUCCCUAUUUCCCUCAGGCUUUCCAUUUUUGGAAGUUCAUGGGCUCUGCCUUUGUAGGUGCUGAUUACUUUAAAUAAUUUAUUACAUGAAUAGGAAAACACAGAAUUCAGAUUUGGUUUUUAUCACUGUUGCUGCUUUUGAGAGCUUUAGAGUUGCCAGUUCACCUUGUUCAUUUAACAGUACAGCUGCUGAAGCUUCUCUUUGAAAUUGAAAAUCACUUAAUUUUCAUUCAAAAAUGGGACUAAUUUGGCAGAAUUCUCAUUGCAAUAAAAGUCAGUUAUCUGAAGCAUUUAUCAUUUUUUCCCCUUUGUUCCUGUUCCUAGUACUAUUGUUGCUUUAAUUGGUUUCCUGUUUAUUUUUUUUUUCUUGCUUUCAUUCCUUUCCUUGAAGUCAGCAUCACAAAUAAGCUUUCUCAACAACCAAUUAAUUGCUGUUUCAGAGUCUGAUAGUACAGCUUUUGAUUGCUUUUCUGUUAAAUGGCCAGGAAUCUACUUUUAGUUCAGUAGUGUGCUGCCAUUCUGAAUUAGUGAGACAAGUGUUAGGAAAUUAUGUACUAACUCCAUACCUUGAUAACCCCAAAGUAAGAUUUCGUUUAAAACAGUUUCUUCACUGAAAGAGUAAGUCAAGCACUCUAAAAGGCUGCCAAGGGAAGUUGCUGAGCCUCCAUCCCUGGGUGAAUUUAAAAGAUAUGUAAGUGUGGCUCUUAAGGACAUGGUUUAGUGAGGGACUUGACAGUGGUAGGUUUGUGGCUGGACUUGAUGAUUUUAAAGUUCUUUUCUAACCUAAAUAAUUGUGUGAUAAAAACUAAUGAUCUUUUUCUCUUCUACUUUCAGAGAAUUGCCUAUGCUUCAAAAUGAAAGUAAGGAAGAAGAAUCCCCAAAAGUAUUAAUUUGAGCAAUAAUUAUUGCUUGUAAGUACUAAUUUCACUGAGUGCUGGAAUAGUGGGAUUACAUGUUAACCUCCAACCUCCAUGAUGCAGUUGUGUUUGCUUCCUGCUGUCACGGAGAGGACCUGUUGGAAGAAUACCAUCUGCUCCUGAUGACUUGUUAUAUCAAUUUUGUGGAUUUUUGAUUGUCUGAUCUACUGACGUUGUUUGAGACAGAGCAACGCUGCUUCUGAUAAAGAAGAUACCUGAUUUAAUACAAAUGAAGAAUGAUGCAAUAUUAAUGCUUUCUAUGUACAGCCUUAUAAGAAUCUUUAAGGAGUUGCAGUAAGACAAAUACCGAAAAGAAUUUUUCUCUGGUACAAUGUGUUGAAGCAGAAGAACUGGAAUUGUCCACCUUUGUAUAAGCUAAGAAAAAUGUUUGCUAUUUUGUGAGUGGAGGCAGCUCUGGAGUGAACUGAACUUCUGAAAAUGCGGCCAUGGACUGGAUCCUGGCGUUGGAUCAUGCUCAUCCUCUUUGCUUGGGGAACUUUGCUCUUUUAUAUCGGUGGGCACCUGGUACGAGACAGCGAGCACCCAGAGCACUCCAGUCGGGAAUUAUCCAAGAUCCUUGCUAAGCUUGAACGGUUAAAACAGCAAAAUGAAGACUUGAGGCGAAUGGCAGAAUCUCUCAGGAUACCAGAUGGUCCCAUUGAUCAGGGACCAGCUGCAGGAAAGGUACAUGCUUUAGAGGAGCAACUUCUCAAGGCCAAAGAACAGAUAGAAAACUAUAAGAAGCGGACAGGAGAUGUAGAAGGCCUUGGAAAAGACCAUGAAAUACUGAGGAGGAGGAUUGAAAAUGGGGCUAAGGAACUUUGGUUUUUCCUCCAGAGUGAACUGAAGAAGUUGAAAAGUCUAGAAGGAAGUGAACUGCAGACACGCAUUGAUGAAUUUCUGUCUGAUUUGGGUCAUCAGGAAAGGUCAAUAAUGACCGACUUGUACUACCUCAGUCAAACAGAUGGGGCUGGAGAUUGGCGAGAAAAAGAGGCCAAAGAUUUAACAGAUUUGGUACAGAGAAGAAUAACAUAUUUACAGAACCCGAAGGAUUGCAGCAAAGCCAAGAAACUCGUGUGCAACAUCAACAAGGGCUGUGGCUACGGCUGCCAGCUUCACCACGUGGUGUACUGCUUCAUGAUCGCCUACGGCACGCAGCGCACGCUCAUCCUGGAGUCGCAGAACUGGCGCUACGCCACCGGCGGCUGGGAGACCGUGUUCCGCCCCGUCAGCGACACCUGCACCGACAGGGCUGGCUCCACCACCGGCCACUGGUCAGGUGAGGCUAAUGAUAAGGAUGUUCAGGUGGUGGAACUUCCCAUUGUUGACAGCUUACACCCACGGCCACCCUAUUUGCCCUUGGCUGUCCCUGAAGACUUGGCUGAUAGACUAAUUCGUGUACAUGGGGAUCCUGCAGUGUGGUGGGUCUCACAGUUUGUGAAAUACUUGAUUCGUCCACAGCCUUGGCUAGAAAAAGAAAUCGAGGAAGCCACAAGGAAACUUGGUUUCAAACAUCCAGUGAUCGGCGUUCACGUCCGCAGGACGGACAAGGUGGGCACGGAGGCCGCCUUUCACCCCAUCGAGGAGUACAUGGUGCACGUGGAGGAGCGCUUCGAGCUGCUUGCCCGCAGGAUGCACGUGGAUAAAAAAAGGGUGUACUUGGCCACAGAUGACCCCUCGCUGCUGCAGGAGGCAAAAUCCAAGUAUCCAAAUUAUGAAUUUAUCAGUGAUAACUCCAUAUCCUGGUCAGCAGGACUCCAUAACCGAUACACUGAAAAUUCCCUAAGAGGUGUCAUUCUGGAUAUUCACUUUCUGUCUCAGGCAGACUUCCUGGUCUGUACAUUUUCAUCCCAGGUUUGUCGAGUUGCCUAUGAAAUUAUGCAGACGCUGCAUCCAGAUGCUUCGGCGUAUUUCCAUUCUUUGGAUGAUAUCUACUACUUUGGGGGACAGAAUGCUCACAACCAGAUUGCUAUUUAUGCUCAUCAUCCACGAACUGCUGAUGAAAUUCCUAUGGAACCUGGAGAUAUAAUUGGAGUAGCUGGAAACCACUGGGAUGGUUAUUCAAAAGGCAUCAAUAGGAAAUUAGGAAGAACAGGCCUGUACCCGUCCUAUAAAGUUAAGGAGAAAAUUGAGACAGUCAAGUAUCCUACAUACCCAGAGGCUGACAAAUAGGUUGAAAGGAAGACAUUCAGCAGUUAUUAUAAAAAAACUCAGUUUUUGAUUGGUUCAAACCAGUCAACAACGCCCUAACUAUUGGUUUCUAUGGGAUUCGAAUUUGCAUUUUAUCAUGCGGUUAAAAUCAAAGCCUUUGCAAUGAAACUGGAGAAGAAGCUGAGAACAAGUGGAUGGGCUAUUGUCUGAACUUACUCUUAAACAUUUUUGUUAUAUGCACUCUCACACAUGCACACACAAACCCACAUACAACAGGAAAACUGUUGUUUUAUACUUCUUGUCUCUUUUCAGGAGUUGUCCCCAUCAUUAGUCUUUACGUGAGCUUUGGGCUCUUUUCUCCGCCAUUAAUUGACAAUAAUGUUCAGACUUAUAACACUGCCACAUUGUGUAAUUUGAGUGACAUGAACAUAUUUUGUAUGUGCAAAAUUUGAAACAUGGUGCCUAUAUUUGAAAAGUUUGUGACCUUUUUAGAAGAGCCAUGCCUGUUUCACAAUGGGCAAGAGUCCACUUUCAUCUGGUGUUACCGUGACCACUGAACUUGCUUCAAACAACAGAUUCAGAUUUCAGACUAGAUUUCUUUACAAGUUUGGGGUUUUUUUAGCAUUCCAUUGAUUACUUCUCAUCAUUAAUAAAAUAAAGGUUACAUUCAACAAUAAAGUAGUCACUGUCUCUUAGGAGCUUUUGUAAACAAUGCCAUGAACAGAUCCUUUAGUACUGGUGAUUUCUGGACAUUGCCUUUGAUUGAAAAAAACCAACAACGAAAAUCCACAAAAGAAGGAGAAGGCAGCAGGAGUUUCACUGAAGUUUAAAACACUUGUGUAGUUCAACAGUUGCAUAGGGCACAGUGCUGCUCAGCUUUGUGGACAGUAGGUAACAGCAGGAUUACUUCAGUGGCUAAAUUGCUUACAUUUACCCUCUGGCACUAUUUUCUUACCUUUUCUGUUUCUCUUCUGCAAAUAAUUCAGGGUUUAGGGUGUUAUGGAUGGCCACUUAGCAUUUUGGCAUUCAAUGUAAUUGCUUUUAAGUAAAAUACUUCAGGUUAUCCCAUUUAUAGAACCUGUCAGUCUGGACUACUU